AGAUUCGGAAUUCCAUGGCCGCGAGAAACGGCCAGACGGUGGUGUUGCUCGCCGGAUAUAUCAAAGUCACACACGCACGAUAGGUGGAUGGGCUUCUCCACGGGACGGCAAACGGGUGGUUGUCCGGCUGAGUGAGAGUGCCAAUAUAUAUAGAGGGAAGGGGAAACCCGCCGCGGCACUCCAAAGUACACAGCCUCCGCGAUUGCAGUUGGUGUGCUUGGCUGGGUUUGCGGUUCCCUCUACCACUUCCAACGAUAUACCCAUUCCUCGAGGUGUCGCGGCCGUGCCAACAACCCAGUCGUCGUCGUCGUUGUCGUCGUCGUCGUUUCAACGGUCUCACCGUACCGUCUCGUAGCCCUCGACGACACCGGGACAACGUACCGAGGACCGCUGUCGUCGUCCCCAGCAACAGCCGGCUACCAUAAUCUACACAGCAUGAAGCUCGCACUGCUCGCAUUGCUGGCGACCGGCUGCCUGAUAGUCGCGGCCAGAUCGGAAGACGAGUACGACUACGAAGAAGAGGGCGCUGCGCCGGCCCCGGUGACCCCGUCGACCUCGGCGAAGCCGACUUCCGGCCGGCUGGGAGGUCUCCUGUCCUCGAGAGGGCGAGUCACCGUUGGCAGAAAGGGACCAGCUACCACGCAAGCGACCACGGCGAAGCCCGUGGAACAGCCGGCGGAAGCGGAAGAGGAAGUCGACGAGGAACUCGAGGAGAAUCAAGAACAAGAGGACGUCCCCACCACGACCACGGAGUCGUCCAAGAUCGUGCGCAGCGGAGUUAGACCCUUCAGGUCUGGAUCAAAUCAGGACUUAUUGGCGGCCUUGAAGAGAAGGAGAGCCCAGGUGCCCAGCCAUCGGGAGACCUCCUCGGCUGGCCAGCCCGCCGAGUCCACCACGCCGAAGUCCAAAGCCAGCACAAGCAGCCGCGCCAAGAGCACCGGCACGACAGAAUCGAAGUCGUCGGUCCGCGGCAGGUUCGGCGGUACCAGAGGCAAGCCGGUGCAGGAAGAGGUCGAGGAGACCCAGCGGGAGGAGGUGCAGGUGAAGGCGAAGCCGUACCGCCGCGGAUAAGGGAGAGUCGUUGAGAGCCCUCGGUCCAGCACCCGUAAACCGCGCGGAAUAAAGAAAUCGAAGGUGAUCUAGCCUCACAGUGAGCGACACGCCAAUUAUCCUCGCGUCGGAGGGAACGGUCUCGGGACGGUCGCUCUUGGUCAACGGAACGUGUCCGUGUAUACAGGGUGUCCCGCGACUGCCGGUACAACCGAGGCGCGGCAGCUGUCACAGGGAAAUUCGAUUCCGUAGAUGUCGGCCCACCUCGGCUGGCUGCCGCUCGACCGUAUCGUUCGUUGCGGGACAUCCUGUACAUAUGUUUAGAAGGAAAGGCUGCCACUCGCAGAACGGCUGAGCUGUUUACUGUAUAAAUGUAAAUUAAUACGACAAUAAAGAAAAGUCUGCGAAAGAA